GUUCCCAGGGUCCCUCGCGCCGGCGCGCCAUGUUCACCGUCAAAACAUUAUGUCCUCGACAGAUUCGCUUACAGGGACUCUUCAAAGUAUUACGACUUCUCCUGAAAAAACCACCGUGUAUUCCCAAGUCCCGACCGAGAAACCCUUUCACUACACGUACCUGAAAGAGUUCCGAGUCGAACAGUGUCCGCUAUUUCUGCAGCACAAAUGCACGCAGCACAGGCCGUUUACUUGCUUUCACUGGCAUUUUAUGAACCAGAGGAGACGACGGCCGAAGAAGAAACGAGAUGGAGUCUUCAAUUAUAAUCCAGACGUGUACUGUACACAGUACGACGAGACAACUGGAAUGUGUCCGGCAUCAGACGACUGCCCGUAUUUACAUCGUGUAGCGGGAGAUGUCGAAAGGCGCUACCAUCUACGUUAUUACAAGACAGCGAUUUGUGUUCACGAGACGGACUCUAGAGGGUUCUGUGUUAAAAAUGGCCCACAUUGUGCCUUUGCACACGGGCCACACGAUAUAAGACAACCUGUUUACGAUAUUCGAGAGUUACAGGCAAUGGAAAGAGAUGAAACACCGACAGAAUUAGGUUUACAAGCGCCCGAAAGUAAAGUACAACUGGAAGACCCACGUUGGCAAGACACAAGCUACGUCUUAGCACAUUACAAAACUGAACAGUGCAAGAAGCCUCCGAGAUUGUGUCGUCAAGGAUAUGCCUGUCCGCAUUUUCACAAUGCAAGAGAUUGUCGAAGAAGCCCUAGGAAGUAUAGAUAUAGAUCAACUCCUUGUCCCAAUGUGAAACAUGGUGAUGAAUGGGGUGAGCCUGCUAACUGUGAAAGUGGCGACAACUGUCCGUAUUGCCACACUAGAACCGAACAACAAUUCCACCCUGAGAUUUACAAAUCAACAAAGUGUAAUGAUAUGCAGCAGACUGGUUAUUGCCCAAGAGGACCAUUUUGUGCCUUUGCACAUGUAGAACAAGAAUUUUCAGUAUUAGAUGAGAACGAUUAUGGUCAGUUUAGCACAAGUUUAGCCCAAACCGCUCCAGGAAGUCAUGUCCAAACUCAAGCGAGUAUUCCUCAAUCGAAGACCUCUCGUUCGUUAUCAAUGUCAUCAAGUUAUUCUGGCGAAACACCGCUGAUCGGAAGUUAUCCCAAAGCCCCGGGCUCUGAGCGCUCUGAGUCAAGAAGCAGUUCGAGAGAGGCUGAUGAGCUGGUGACGAUUAGGAAUAGAAUUGCCGCGAUUGAAAAUGACCCGAAUUUGGACGAUAAUGAGAAAGUACGAAGGAAACAGUCAUUACUGACGUCAACUCGUGCCACUCUUUCCUCAUCAUCCUCGACCGGUUCUGUUCCUUCGACACCAGUCACUUCGGUCUCCGUGAGCGCUCUUCCCUUCUAUCCUGCGGCAGAUACCGUCGAGUCUGUAGUUGAGAAGGCCUUAGAUGAACUGCACUUUGAUGACUUUGACGUCUCUGACUUGGAAAAGGAACUGAACGGUAGCACAGCACUCCCCGGUGCUGAUGUUUUCACCAGCGCGUAUCAGGGCCUUUCUAUCAAUCCUGUGGGGUGUACCCCUCCGUUGUCUAUACCUGGAGCAAUGUCAGACCCCUCCCCACAGCAAUCCUUCACUCCUCAGUCACCAUGUUCGCCCAGGGAUCAAUUUUCACCUUUUUCAACUUCCAAGGUGGGAAGUAAUCCUUACCGAAACAGUCCAACGAUGAGGACAUACCCUGGUGGUUUGCUUGGUGAACCCUUUGGUCCUCCCCUUCCCUCCCCCAAACAGCUCACCUCUCCCCAACUCACUUCCCCACUCAACUUAUCCGGAAGUCAAGCAGACAUCGACAAGUUGUCCCAAGAGCUCUCAGCCGCGCAUGUGAAGUUGGCGUCGUGGGAGCAAGCCUGGGCGAAAGCGAAGCUCGCAUGUGAGGCGUGGAAGAAAGAGGCUGAUGUCGCCGAAAGCCGUGCAAGAAAAGCUGAACAGGAAAGACUGGAACUGACUCUUAAAUUAGAAAAGGUAUCUUCGCCUCAAACCGCCAAGGAAGGCAAUGGUGCCACAAGUGGCGAACGCUCUUAUCUUGAAAUUUUAACGAAAUCUAGUGAUAUUGAAAAGGAGCCUCUUACAGUCCUAAAACAGAUACAACAGCAAUUAAGAGUGGAUAAUGAGAGAUUAGAUAGGGUUAUAUAUUGUCGUGAAUGGUUGCAUUGUGUCGUCUGUAGGGUUCAGAGGAGGUGUAUGGUAACAUGUCCUUGUAAUCAUUGUAUUGUUUGCGAGAACUGUUCGCUGCCUCUUACAGAGUGCCCGCAAUGCCAUGUCCAAAUAUCACAAAAAAUCCGAAUCGAUUUAGGUUUAUAAAAAGUCAUAUGAUGAGGACUUGUCCUUACCAGCCCCUGGGUGUGGUUUAGAAUUUCUGUUAAAAACAGUUGAACGUCACUCUAGGCUAGAUCUUUCCGUUAUGACUUCAUAAUUGAUCAUUGAUACAGUCUUAGAAACUGACCUAUUUUGGUCAGGCCCUUAGGGUGAAUGAAGUUUUUAAAAUCUCCACAAAACUUUGAAACGAUUUUAAUAAGGUUCUUGAUGAAGUUUGAUGUUUCUAGAUCUAAGAAUUAUCAAAUCUUAGCACCUAAGUAUAGUGGUCAUCAGUAACAUUGCUUCUCAUUAUUGGUACCUAGAAACUAGGCUGGUAAUGGCAGGUCCCCAUAUAAAUUAAUUUAUUUGAGAGGUACGUAUAGUUGCUAGAGACAGCAGUCCAUUUUAUUUGGGCGACUUAAUAUCGUCACAUAUAAUUAGUGUCUAAUAAUUUUAGUUUAUAUUCAGGUAUUAGCUCGUUGUUGUUAUUAUGUGCCCAGUAUGUUGGGUGCUAGGGUGUAUUUUACUGGCAUGGUUUGACGCGAAGAGAUCUCAGGGCAGUUCCCUAGAAACGUAGAGCUGCACCACCCCCCCUCCUCCGCCUUGCGGAGGUUGCACAGCAACAGGAUGGCGUCAAAUCUAACCAUUAAAAUACCACUUGAAAUUUUGUUGGGACGUUGAGAGGCUUAAGUCUUUUGCAUUCCUCUAAUACGAGUUUUUUUAAGUACGUUUCACCAUAGUAACUGGUUUUGCACAAUAAUAUAUCAGCUUUCUUGAUUAAGAAGUAAAUUAUCCUUAAAAAAAAAAAAGAUUAAAGCCGUCUCACACCAUUAUACUAGUUAGGGUGUUCUUUAAAGUAGAGACUAUUUAACUUGUUUUCCAAAUGUCCGUCGUAAUAAUUUCGCAGUAUAUAAUUUUAAAUGUCUUAACGGCACUAAGUUCUUUAGAUGAAGCCUUGUUGUUGCUCGAGUGGUUGGUUUCAACCAGCACAAACCAUACGGAAUACUGCAUCACAGAGGUGAUGCAGCAAGACCUAAGGUGGCAUCAUAUAGAUCAGCUAACGAGAAAGAAGCAUAAUUGAAAAGGUAUUCGACUCAGAACUGUGUUAACCCAGGGUUAAACUGAACAGCUGUAUUUGAACAACAAACUCUAUUUGAACAACAAACUUUAGAUCGUCCCAAUGCCACCUUAAUUUGGUCUUCAAUAUGGUUAAAUGUUGGAUGUUUGGUUGACUGUUUAAAAGAAAUAAGACGUUAAGAACUCUAGUUAUCUUCUUGCUCUACAAUAAUAUAUAUAUAUAUAUAUUUUAUAGUAAAUAUUUCAUAAAGUAGGUUAUUUCUAAAUUUGAUCCGAUAUAUAGAUGCAAAGAAUGAAGGGCGUAAAGAUGUCACCAACUUGAGUGGUUUCGUCUGCCUAGACAUUUAAAUCCCUUUUCGCUUCGAUCUAUUUUAUGCCCUUCAUUCUUCCCAAUUAAAUAUAACAAAAAAUAUAACCAACUUAACUUCUUGCAUGGAUGUACCGUUCGUUUAGGGUAAAUACUAUAGGUCCUUUUACUAAAAGCAUUGUGUUUUCAUAGCUACCAUUUUAUGGGGCGAUUCUUUCAUAUCUGAACAACCCAAACGUUUUGGAACUUUGGUAAAUUCUAUCAGUUUUCUUGGCGGCACAAUUUGAAAUAAAUUUGACACUAUUUUUUGUCGGUUGUUUUCCGAGUUGUGGCAAACAUGUUUUCCUUUGAAUUGUGUACGAAAAUUUCGCAUCAAAUCCGCCUUCAGAUUUUGGGUAAGAUACCGAAUUUGGGUCGUUCAAAUUUUGAGAAUUGUCCAUUUUUUUAAUUUGCACUUGGUUGAUUGCUUUAGUUGUCGUGGCUACUACUGCUGGGUUUCUUAAAUAUCUAAGGAUUCAAGUCGUUUUUGUAGAUAGUUUAUUUAUUGUAAAAUGCGUUGUUUAUUGUUUACAUGUAAACAAUGCUUUGUAGUGUACAAUUAUUAUUAUUAGAGAGAUUUAUUUCAUUGGACAAUGUUCUAUAGGUUGUAUCAAUUCAAAAUAUAUUUCUUUAAAAAGGUA